CUUUCACACGAUAUCUUCUCUGCGUCUCACAGUAGCCUGUCUCUCCCUCUCUCUCUCUCUCCCCCUCCCCGAGGCCACUCAUCUCUCUACUCGCCGUUGAACCUUGCAAGGCCGUCCGUUGUCCACAAGCCACCAGAUAGAAGAUGAAGUACAUGAAGCCAAUGAACUUAUUCCAUGAUUUGCUCAAGUCCAACACCCUGCAACCACGAGGACGAUUACUUGGAUUGGAUGUCGGUCAUAAGUAUGUUGGCUUAGCUGUUUCGGAUCCUCAAAAUCACAUUGUUUCGCCUCUAAGUGUUCUGCUUCGGAAGAAAACAAAUAUCGACAUGAUGGUCGGUGAUUUUCAAAGUUUGAUCUCUGAACUUUCUUUGGUGGGCUUCAUUUUUGGGUACCCUUUUGAUAGACAAAGAAGCAGUCCAGAUGCUGUUCAAGUGAAACUAUUCGUUGAUGAUCUUUGUAAGACGGGAAAGCUUGAAGGCUUAAGUUACACUUUUUGGGACGAGUGCUUCACAUCAAAGGUGGGUGUUUCUAGCUAAUAAGGGAAAACAAGUUCGAUUUGGGUAAAUCACGCUUCUUAGAAUCAUUUAGCUGCAAAUAAUCAGUUAAUGCCUACCGCCUGGGAAUAUAGGACUAAAAUUGCCCAAUGAAAUUUAUUCUAUAUGCAUGUGUAACUUUUGUUGUUUUGUGCAUACAUAAAAUGAAAAGGACUAUAAUAAUACAUAUGUAGGCCUACCCCUGAUUCUACCAAAGCUGAAUGCAGCCAUUUAUGAAGACUAAUGCCUGAGCAAAUUCUCAUUUAGUGGCUCAGUGUCUUCUUAAUGAUUUAACAAACAUGAUCUUCUCCAUUUGUAUUCGUUUUAUUGAUAAUGGUGACAUCAUUGGCCGAUGAUUAUUGUGCUAGUGAUCCUUCACAGAAUGUGGAAUUAUUAUUGAAGCCUUUGAAUUUGCGCCCAGUACAGUCAAAGACGAUAAUAGACAAAUUUGCUGCUGUUGGGAUACUCCAGGGCUACCUGGAUUUUGUGAACAGGAGUCAAAAGUUCAAAUCGGCAGCGUAGGACCUCCACGCAGUUGAAGUAACUGGUUCCUAUUAUUUGUUGCUCUAAUGACUGUUAUGUAUUCUUGUACCAGAGCUUCCAUGGUCCAUCUUUGGUGAUAUUAUCUCUAGAGCCACUUAGCAGAUAUGGCAUUGUACAAGAACUACGAGGUUCCAUAUCCUCAAAUAAUAGUAUACCAUAGUCUUUGGGUUUAUGGUGUGGGUCAUUUCAAGCUGCUACUGGUAGGGGUGGUAAAUGAUUCGAGCUACUCGAGUUCGACUUGAAUUUGGCUUGUUUUGUACUUGAACAAUUUUUUAAGCUUGUUUCGACUCUUUUUGGACUUGAGCUUGCAAAGCUUGGUUUGUUAUGUAUAAGAGCAACUUCAAAAUGGUUA